AAAACACGUGGUGCCACGCGAUAGACUUAGAGUUGAGUAAUUGAAUGACGUCCUUUUUGCUUGUGGGACUCAAAUUGUCAUUACAUAGCACGAUGUCGUUUCACUUGUUUCUUGGACUCGGAAUCCAAAUACCAAAACCGUUAAGCUAGUGCCGCAUUAUCGUUGAAUUUAUUUCCGGGUGGUUUGGCCCACCCUAUUCCGCCGCGGAAAUUCUUAUCUCCUUUGUAGAGUCACCCAUUUCACUCCACCUCCUUCCCCCUCCCAUGAAAUUGUUGGAGAAGAUAAUGAUGCCGAAGAAGGAGCCAGAUAAAGCUCCAGCCCCUCCUGAGGUGCCGGCUUACUGGAUUGAAACCUCCGAGUCGGUCUCCUACCGCUGCGAGUUUGACCCCAGCGGUCAACUCUCUGUGAAGAUUCUUGAUGACUCGAGGCCAGUGUUCCUUAAGGUCGCUGACUCAUUCGUCAAUAAAUUUUUCCCCUCGGGAUAUCCAUAUAGUGUAAAUGAAGGAUAUCUCAGAUACACACAAUUCCGGGCACUGCAGCACUUAACCAGUGCAGCCCUGUCAGUGCUUUCAACUCAGUCACUCCUAUUUGCUGCAGGCUUGCGACCAACCCCUGCACAAGCAACUGUUGUAAGUUGGGUUCUAAAGGAUGGGAUGCAGCACAUGGGAAAGCUUAUAUGUAGCAAUCUGGGCGCAAGAAUGGAUUCCGAGCCUAAAUGUUGGAGAAUUUUGGCUGAUGUGCUCUAUGACUUUGGCACUGGCUUGGAAGUACUUUCUCCUUUGUGUCCACAGCUUUUUCUUCAAGUUGCAGGUUUAGGCAAUUUCGCAAAGGGGAUGGCAGUUGUUGCUGCGAGAGCAACAAGAUUACCAAUUUAUUCGGCCUUUGCAAAAGAGGGCAAUCUUAGUGAUCUAUUUGCCAAAGGGGAGGCAAUAUCAACUGUGUUCAAUGUCAUUGGAAUGGGAGCAGGGAUCCAAUUAGCAUCUACUGUCUGUUCGUCUAUGCAAGGAAAGAUGGUUGUUGGGCCUCUUCUUUCAAUGGUACAUGUAUACUGUGUCAUUGAAGAAAUGCGGGCAACUCCUAUCAACACAUUGAAUCCACAGAGGACUGCAAUGAUUGUGGCUGAUUUUCUGAAGACAGGAAAAGUAUCAAGCCCGGCUGACCUGAGGUAUCGGGAAGACCUCCUAUUCCCUGGGCGACUCAUAAAGGAUGCCGGAAAUGUAAGAGUGGGGAGGUCAUUCCACAAGGUCAUUAAGCCUUCAAAACUUGGUGAAUUGAAAGAAAUGUUCCCUGAAGAGAAGUUUCUUUUAAAUCGUGGAAACAAAGGGGUUGACAUGAUAUUGGAGCAAAAUGCUACCGGCGAAGACGCAUUGAGAGGGUGGCUUGUUGCUGGAUACACUGCAGAUAUAGAGAAGUCUUUUCAUGUGCCGAGUCCGAGUGCACUGGAAGAGGCUUACGAGAAGAUGAAUGACGUAUUUGGUCCAUUUGUAUUGGAACUGCAGGCCAAGGGGUGGUAUACCGAUCGAUUUCUCGAUGGAACAGGAAGCCGUUUUGCGUGGGGGUCGAAUCUAGGUACAGAUAAUUCUUCUCAAAGAUAUUGAAGUUCUUUGGUACGGGUAGGAUUGGACAAAGCAGGGACUUUGUGAUACAACGUUUAUAGAAGUAGGGAAAUACUGUUACUAGGGAAUUGCACUCGCACACCAUAACUUUCAGUUGUAUUUAGGAUCAUCGUAAUAGUUUUUUGCCUAUUUCCCUCUAUACCUUGCUACUGUCGAUUUCUUCCCUUUAACUUUUUUUCUGGCCUCU